UUAAACUAUUUUUCCUCCAUGUUGUUACAGUAUUAUGGAUAUUCCACCAAGUUUUUGUUGCAUCAGGAUAAAAUUUGAUGAUACUACUACCUGUGUGCAUGAUCUAUUGUAUAAAGAAAACAAGACUCGGACAGAGGAUAUAAACAAACCUAAGAAUCGUACAUUGUUGGUAACAAAUGUGCCGCCAUAUUGUACUGAAGGAAAUUUACGAAGAUAUUUUUCUAAAUUUGGGGAAGUUGAAAAUGUAACAUUAGAAAGAAAACUUGGUAACGACGUGUCCGGAUUAGUUUCAAAGACAAUAUUGGACAAGCCAACAAUAGAUGAUUUAAAAUUUUUCCAAUCAUGUGACGCUACACAUGGAUUCUGCUAUGCAUUUGUUGUUUUCAAAGAUACAGAAUCAUUGACUAAUUCUUUACGAGGUGCUGGCAAGCCCAUUAACAAACAAACUGUUUUUGUUUUGUCCAACAAGGAAAAACCUGUAGCAGUUGGUAUGAAAAAGUGGGUUAGGCAAUAUAUCAAACGAUUUCCGAACAAAAGUUUGCUUCAGAAUAACAUUGAUAAGUACAUGGAAAAUUAUGAUACGGCUUUGCAGAAAGCUACAGAAAAGGAAGAAAAUGCUGCGGAGGAAGCUGAUGAAGAUGGUUGGGUUAAAGUGACAAGAAAAGGUAAAAAUCCUGUCAUCGCGAGAACGGAAGCGAAUCAACUUAAAGCGAAAGCCAAAGAAAAGAUGAGAAGAAAAAGAAAGGACUUGCUGAAUUCAUACUCUUAUCAAAUUAGAGAAUCAAAACGUGAAAAAAUAGCUGAACUGCGGAAAAAAUUUGAGGAAGAUAAAGAGCGUGUUCAGCAAAUGAGAGAUUCAAGGAGAUUUAGACCUUUUUAACAACUUGUGGAAGAAUGCUUGGCAAGGAUGAAAGAUCCUCAACUAAAGUGGAGUGAGAUUCUCAGCUCAACAGUCGGAAACACGUAUAUGCAAGAGCUUACUAGUUGUUAUCUCAGUAGUGAAUUUGGUCACGAUACAGUUUAGUUUACUUACUGAUAUGACCAAAAGAACUCUUAGUGAUUGUUAUCCAAUAUUUCUCAUUGCUGAUAAAUUUAAUCUUUAAUACAAAAAAUUGCGAUAUUA